CGUCUCAAAAAAUUAAUAAUAAUAAAUAAAUAAAUAGAACAGCAUGGUGUUCUUAUGUUUCUGUGGGCUAAGGAGAGGGAAGAAAAAAAUCCGUGUAAUUGGGCUUAAAGGGACGGAUGGUCUGUUGUAGCUUCAUCUGUGCCUUGUGUUUCUAGUGAUUUUGGGCUUUUGUGCUAAAGAUUUAUUUAUUAUUAUUAUUUUUUGAGACAGUUUCACUCUAGUCGGCAGGCUGGAGUACAGUGCCAGGAUCUCAGCUCACUGCAACCUCCUCCUCCCAGAUUCAAGUGUUUCUCCUGCCUCAGCCUCCCAAGUGGCUAGGACUACAGGCACCCACCACCACGCCCAGCUAAUUUUGUAUUUUUAGUGGAGACAGGGUUUCACCAUGUUAGCCAGGCUAGUCUUGAACUCCUCAUUUCAGAUGAUUCGCCCACCUCAGCCUCCCAAAGUGCUGGGAUUACAGGCAUGAGCCACCACAUCUGGCCUGUGCUAAAGACUUUUUGUGCUGCUUCGGAAGUUCAGAGAACUUUUUCCCUUUAGAAAAAUGAUAUCUUGUUCAGACCUGCACUCUGCAUUUUCCCUGCAAGACUGGUGGGAAGUUAGACGGAAUUCUUUCUAUUUCUACACUUACUGGGCCCUUAGUUACCCUGCGGCCUGUCAAAGGAUUGAAUCUUAGCCUGGCCCCAUAAGUUUGAGUAUAAAUAAGCUGGAUUCAGCAACAGUAACUAAAGUGCACACCCCACUUUCUUCACUUCCUUGCCCUCCAGUCCCAGAAGCAAACUAAGUUGAUUUGGCAACAGUGUUCUCAUUUACAGUUUCAGCAGCCUCUGUCCUGGAGAUACUUAACUUGGAGCUUAACACCCAAAACAGUAUGUCACAUAUAUGUCACAUAUUCAGAUGGUCAGGAAUGUUAGCUGGCCAGGCACUGUGGCCCACACCUGUAAUCUCAGCACAUUGGGAGGCCAAAGUCGGGGGAUUGCUUGAGGCCAAGAGUUUGACCCAGCCUGGGCAAUAUAGCAAGACCUCCUCUCUACAAAACAAAACAAAAAAUUUCAAUUAGCUGGGCAUGGUGGUACAUGCCUAUAGUUCCAGGUACUCAGGAGGCUGAGGGAGGAGGAUCACUAGAGCCCCAGGGUUCAAAACUGCAGUAAGCUGUGAUCACACUACUGCACUCCAGCCAGGGCAAAAGAGAGAGACGACGUCUCUUAAAAAAAAGAGAGAGAGGCGGGCCGUGGUGGCUCACACCUGUAAUCCCAGCACUUUGGGAAGCCGAGGUGGGUAGAUUACCUGAGGUCAGGAGUUUGAGACCGGUCUGACCAACAUGGUAAAACCCUGUCUCAAAAAGAAAAAAGAGAGAGAAAAAUGACCGGGCGUGGUGGCUCAUUUCCAUAAUCCCAGCACUUUGGGAGGCCAAGGCAGAUCACUUGAAGUCAGGAGUUCGAGACCAGCCUGGCCAACGUGGUGAAACCCUGUCACUACUAAAAAUACAAAAAUUAGCCAGAUGUGGUAGCACACUCCUGUAAUCACAGCUGCUAGGGAGGCUGAGGUGGAAGCUGCAGUGAGCCAAGAUUGCACCACUGCACUCCAGCCUGAGUGACAGAGCAAGACCUCAUUUCAAAAAUAUAUAUAAAAAUAAAAAUUUUUUAAAGAUUUUUUAAAGUUACCUGAUUGCUUUUCAGGUGUUUACAUUUUCCAGUGGGGAAUGUGUGUGAUCAUUCAGACAACACCUGUUGAGCAUAUGCAGUGGCAAGGAGCUAGAGAUAGGCAGCUUCACAGGUCAUCAGUUCAGGAGGAGAGCCACGUGCAGGAAGGACUGUAGCAGCCUUCCUGGAGUGAGACCCACGAGGACAGGAAGAGGCCAGGGACUCCUAAAUGAAGGAAGAGAUGGGAGAAAGCUUACUGUGUUUGGCAGCAGCUUGAUAUUGACAAUGUCUCUGGCUAGAGAGGAGGUCCUUUCAAGACUGAAUUUCACUCGGGGCUGGGGGAUGUCCCAGGGGGUUGUGAUUGGUGGAGUCAUUUUUGAAAAUGAUUCCUUUGGUGACAUUUUUGGGGGCUAAACGGGCGAGAGCAAGUCCUCAGACAGAAGCUGCUGCAAGGCUAAGGGCAGCAGUGAGGGCGUAAACUGAGGCAGCAGGAGCGGAGGGGUGGGCACCAAGGGGCAGGCGCAGGCUCUAGUGUGGGCAUCCUGUGAUAGGAGAAGGCCCAGGACAGACCUCUCAGAGAGGGGUGGGUUAAGGCUAAGGAGUGUGUACUAGAAAUCGGGCUACAUGGCCAUAGGGCAGAACUGGAACGUUGCCAUCAGAUACAGAAACUAGGAGCUCAUUGAAGACUGUGGUGAGAACAUUCCUCUGGGAAGGUGAGGGUCAGGCCUGGAUUUCAGUGGAAGAAAGGCAAGGGAGUGAGAAUGACUGUAGGCUCCUCUGGAGAGAAGUUUGGCUAUGAGAGGGAAAGGUGAGGAACCACAUCAGUCGGAAGACACACACGUAGACAGGAGUAUAAAGGGGCAGUUCAGAGAGGGAAAGCCAAUGACCGAUCAUGUGAACAGAGACACACACAUGUAGUCAGGGAAAUGCAAACUGAAAUAGCCGUGAGGUAUCACCUUGUAUCCACGCAGAUAAGCAGAAAUUUUAAGGGCUGGUAGUGAGUUAUUCUGUGCAAUGCAUUUCUGUUUUUGUUUUUUAUGAAUGCUGCUUUAUAUUGUUUAUUGACAAAUUAUGUAGUGAAAAUACAGAAUGGCUUAGAAGAACUUACACCAAUUUGAGAAGAGCAGUUCUCUCUGGGCAGAGAAUGGAGAAUUGGCCUAGAGAGGGAUCAGAGAGGGCUUUUUGUUUUUUUUGUUGUAUUUUAUUUUUGAGACAUGGUCUUACUCUGUCACUCAGGCUGGGAUGCAGUCACGUGAUCACAGCUCCCCACAGCCUCAACUUCCAAGGCUCAAGCAAUCCUCCCACCUCAGCCUCUCAAGCAGCUGGCACUGCAGGCACACACCACAACACCCAACUGGUUUUUGUAUUUUUUUGUAGAGACAGGGUUUUGCCAUGUUUCCCAGGCUGGUGUCAAACUCCUGGGCUCAAGUGAUCCUCCCGCCUCAGCUUCCCAAAGUGCUGGGAUUACAUAGGCAGGAGCCGCCACACCCAGCUUUGAACUGUAUCUGAUUUUUUUUGCCCUUUAAAAAAACUCUGAAGCUAAAUGUGGACAGUGUGAACGCAUAUUCCAUCUGGACAUUGGGUUACUCUGUCCUGCUUUGUGCUGUAUAACCUUCCGAAGGGUAAAUGUCCAUGCUUCCUCCCAGAGAGAGCCUUGUGCUUGACAGUCCUUAACAGCUUUUUCCAGGCUGUGCCUCAUGGGACUCGCAGAGACUCCAGGCUGUGCCACCCUGCUCCCAGCAUCACUGUUUGUCAAUAGUCACCCAGGAAUAGACCGGCCUGGCAUGCUCUGCAGCUUCCGGAUCCCUGGUGCCUGGUCCUGUGCCUGGUCCCUGAAUAUCAAAGCAAAUAACUGCUUCAGUACAGGCUUGUCUCGGCGCGUCCUGUUGACCAACGUCGUGACGGGACACCGGCAGUCCUUUGGGACCAGCAGUGACGUCUUGGCCCAGCAGUUUGCUCUCAUGACUCCUCUGCUGUUUAAUGGCUGCUGCUCUGGGGAGAUCUUUGCCAUUGAUCUGCGUUGUGGAAAUCAAGGCAAGGGGUGGAAAGCCACUCACCUGUUUCAUGACUCAGCAGUGACCUCUGUGUGGAUUGUCCAAGACGAGCAAUGCCUGAUGGCGUCAGACAUGGCUGGAAAGAUCAAGCUGUGGGACCUGAGGACCACUAAGUGCAUAAGGCAGUAUAAAGGCCACGUGAACGAGUACGCCUACCUGCCCCUGCAUGUGCAUGAGGAAGAAGGAAUCCUGAUGGCAGUGGGCCAGGAGUGCUACAUGAGAAUCUGGAGCCUCCAUGAUGCCCACCUACUCAGAACCAUACCCUCCCCAUACCCUGCCUCCAAGGCUGACAUUCCCAGUGUUGCCUUCUCAUCGCGGCCGGGCUCCCGGGGCAUGCCAGGGCUGCUCAUUGCCAUCGGGCAGGAUGUUUACUGCUAUUCCUACAGCUAAUUCUGCAGGGUGCAGCCCAGAGGCAUGUGGGUUUGACUUACGGGAGCCAAGAGUAGCUUUUAACUGCGUCUAAUGAGGACAUUUUCAGUGGCACUCAGUGUACACAGAUCCCAUCCUCUGGCUGCUAGGGGAAAAGUGCCGAAUAUUCCGUGUGGAGACACUCAGGAAAGUGAUUUCAGUUCAAUUACUGGCUCAGAGAGCCUGGAAGUCCUUUUCAUAAAAGGAACUUAUUUCCUUUUCUUGUUGAAUUCUUAGAACUUAGUUAACCCUCCCUGCCUUUUCUUAACCAAAAAGACUUUUCUAAGGAUGGAAGAUUGGCCAAAACUGAAAUUAAAGCUUCUUCCACCAAAAGCCCUUUGGAGAAGCCCAGUGAUGAGACCGGUGAGAUGGUUUGACUCGCCGGUGCCUGGUCCCAGGAAGACCUGCAUCUGUACUUGGGGAAGCCAGCAGGAGAGGAGGGGAGGUUACUUCACUGAGCCUCUGCAGAAAUAUGGAAGGCUGGAGUUUGGAAUCCUUGAACUUGGCCUUCUCAAAUUCAACGGCAGAUGACUGGGAUUCUUCUGUUAUUAUCCAAAGGUGUGGGCAGGAAAGGCAGAUCUUCUUACAUACUGGAAGUUUUAAACAGUCUUUAGUAUGCCUUUGUUGAGGUACCUUCCAGAAUGUUAGAAACCAGCAGCUCUGGUUUCUAUUAUGGUGACUUGAACGUCAGAUUGAGAAAGCCCAGCGUCAAGGAAAAUUGGCUUUGACUUUGUAAUCUAGGAGCAAUGGUUUGUGAGAUGUUUAUUCCGUGUUAAAAUGCCUGUUUUUCUACGAAACAAUAAACCAAGAAAAGAA